AUGUCUGAUCGUGCUUGCUUUAAUUGUGGUGAGCCCGGUCACUUUGCUCGUGAUUGUCAAAAGGCCUCUGAUCGCGGCGGCUUUGUCGGCGGACGUGGUCGUGGUGGCUUUGUUAGAGGUCGCGGACGUGGCGGAGGUGGCUUCAGCGGAGGUCGUGACCCUGUGUGUUAUAACUGCGGGGAAACUGGUCAUUUCGCUCGGGAAUGCAACGCACCGAGGAAUCAAAAUAACUCCGGUGGUCGUAGCGACAUCCAGUGCUACAAUUGUCAGGGAUAUGGUCACAUCUCCCGCAACUGCCCUGAAGCGCGUAAUAACUAA